GCUAAUCCACAUCGGCCCGGGCCCGCCAGGGUGGGUCCAGCCGAGGUACAGAGGUACCUAGGCAACAACAAGAACUAAAAGGAGAAGCAUGACUUUCUUCCCAUUUGAGGACAGCACGCCCAGAGCCCAGGUUGAAGGUGUAUGAUCCGGUGAUCCUUGGAUAGAUCUCAGUUCGAGUCACCCACGGUUCCUGUUCCAUUGUUGCAUCUUUCAGGCACGAUCCAGCUCAGUGACACAGACGGCAUCCUUGACUCCUUGCAUCUGAUUCUGGGCCCGGUCACACGAUGACCGUUCCAAAGUCGGACUAUCUCAGCAAUGUCUGGGCCGACGGCAUCUUUGCCAACCGGGUGCUAUUCAUAACGGGCGGCGCCGGCACCAUCGGCAGUGCGCAAACCCGGGCCCUCGUGUACCUCGGUGCCGACGCCUGUAUCAUUGGACGCAGCGUUGAGAAGACCGAGGCCGCGGCGAAGGAAAUUGCCAAAGUCCGGAGCGGCGCCCGUGUGCUCGGCAUUGGGGGCGUGGACGUCCGAAAUUUUGAUCUACUCAAGGCCGCAGCAGACCGCUGCGUCAAGGAGCUAGGUGCUAUUGACUAUGUCAUUGCUGGCGCGGCAGGCAACUUCGUGGCGCCGAUCUCCGGUCUCAGCCCUAACGCCUUCAGAACGGUCAUCGACAUCGACACAAUCGGCACCUUCAACACCAUCAAAGCCACGAUCCCGCACCUCGUCGCCUCAGCCUCGCGGAACCCGAACCCCAGCCCGUCCGGCCAGACCGGCGGCCGUUUCGUGUCCGUCUCGGCAACCUUCCACUUCACGGGCAUGCCGUUGCAGGCGCACGUCUCGGCAGCCAAGGCGGCCAUCGACUCGCUCAUGGCCAGCGUGGCGCUCGAGUACGGCCCGCUGGGCGUCACGGCCAACUGCAUCGCCCCGGGCGCCAUCGAGGGGACCGAGGGGAUGGAGCGGCUGGCGAGUAGCCUGGUCGUUGCGGGCACCGACUACGGCAAGGCGGUGCCGAGCGGGCGAUGGGGUUCGGUGCGCGACAUUGCCGACGCGACGGUUUACCUGCUCAGCGACGCGGGCAAUUAUGUCAACGGCACGAUCCUCACUGUCGAUGGCGCCGGCUGGAGGAGGCAGGGCGCCACCGGGGUGGGGUUGGAUCCGGAUAUGAAGUAUCCUGAUUUUUUGAUUAGUGGGGAGAUCAGUAGGCACGUGAAGGAUGGGCGGAAGAAGGCGAAGCUGUAGAGUGGAGUGUCAAGGGGCGGUCUGGACUCACUCUGUGCGUUGGGCAUCUGUCUUGAGCGAUGGUGAGGUAUGUAGACGGCCGCGAUAUCCCGUUACAUCCAGAACUAGAUAACAAUCGGCUGACUCUGGAUACACAAUAGCGCGAAGACGAUGAAGCUAAAAAGAUGCGCACCAGAUACCAGCAGAACAGGCACCGCGGCUCUCAAGCGUGACACAGAGGCCAAAUUCAUAGCAAUC